AUUGGGCUCAUGCUUCAGAUGGAUGUAACCUCUUUGGGGGUUCGGUUUGGCAGUAUUGCACUUCCUUUCCUCCUUCUACCGGACUACAGACUGCGAUCCCAGCAGUGAGUGGCACUGUUCACAUAGACAUUAGUAUUUUGUUGAGGGGUGUAUCAGCACCAUGGCCACUGAAGACCAGGCAUAGGGAGUUGGGAAGACUUUGUGGGGGAUGCUGGGCCUGGAAGCCAGCACACUUUGCUCCUUUCUCUGUUGCUGACCUCAUUGACCUCAGGUUCCCUGGUUAAAACUGUGGGGCUGUUGCUGGCCUGGUGCCCCUCAACCUAUUGAUCCUUGAGACUGUGCCCUGGGGCACCCCACGUCAAGGCCUGCCACCAUGCGACUGAGCUCCCUGCUGGCUCUGCUGCGACCAGCACUCCCCCUCAUUUUGGGGCUGUCUCUGGGAUGCAGCCUGAGCCUUCUGCGGGUUUCCUGGAUCCAGGGUGAGGGAGAAGAUCCCUGUGUAGAGGCUGUGGGGAAGCCAGGAGGGCCACAGAAUCCAGACUCAAAAACUGGGCUGGACCAAAGCGAUGAAGACUUCAAACCUAGGAUUGUCCCCUACUACAGGGAUCCUAACAAGCCCUACAAGAAGGUGCUCAGGACUCGGUAUAUUCAGACAGAGCUGGGCUCUCGUGAGCGCUUGCUGGUAGCUGUCCUGACUUCCCGUGCCACACUGUCCACCCUGGCCGUCGCUGUUAACCGUACAGUGGCACAUCACUUCCCUCGAUUGCUCUACUACACAGGGCAGCGAGGGGCCCGGGCUCCUGCAGGGAUGCAGGUGGUGUCUCACGGAGAUGAGCGGCCCGCCUGGCUCAUGUCAGAGACCCUGCGCCACCUUCACACACACUUUGGGGCUGACUAUGACUGGUUCUUCAUCAUGCAGGAUGACACAUAUGUGCAGGCCCCCCGACUGGCAGCUCUUGCUGGCCACCUUAGCAUCAACCAAGACCUGUACUUUGGCCGUGCCGAGGAAUUCAUUGGUGCAGGCGAGCAGGCCCGGUACUGCCAUGGGGGCUUUGGCUACCUGCUGUCACGGAGUCUCCUGUUGCGCUUGCGGCCACAUCUGGAUGGCUGCAGAGGAGACAUUCUCAGUGCCCGGCCUGAUGAAUGGCUUGGCCGCUGCCUCAUCGACACUCUGGGCGUCGGCUGUGUCUCACAGCACCAGGGGCAACAGUAUCGCUCCUUCGAACUGGCCAAGAAUAGGGACCCUGAGAAGGAAGGGAGCUCUGCUUUCCUGAGUGCCUUCGCCGUUCACCCUGUCUCCGAGGGUACCCUCAUGUACCGGCUCCACAAACGCUUCAGUGCUCUGGAGUUGGAGCGGGCUUACAGUGAGAUAGAACAACUGCAGGCUCAGAUCCGGAACCUGACAGUGCUGACUCCCGAGGGCAAGGCAGGGCUGAGCUGGCCUGUCGGGCUCCCAGCCCCUUUCACUCCACACUCUCGCUUCGAGGUGCUGGGCUGGGACUACUUCACAGAGCAGCACACCUUCGCCUGUCCAGAUGGCGCUCCCAAAUGCCCGCUGCAGGGGGCUAGCAGAGCAGACGUAGGCGACGCCGUGGACACUGCACUGGAGCAGCUCAAUCGGCGCUAUCAGCCCCGCCUGCGCUUCCAGAAGCAGCGACUGCUCAAUGGCUACCGGCGCUUUGACCCCGCGAGGGGCAUGGAGUACACCCUCGAUUUGCUUCUUGAAGCUGUGACUCAGCGAGGGCACCGACGCUCCCUGGCCCGCAGAGUCAGCCUGCUGCGGCCGCUGAGCAGGGUGGAAAUCCUGCCUAUGCCCUAUGUCACUGAGGCCACCCGGGUGCAGCUGGUGCUGCCACUCCUGGCGGCUGAGGCUCCGGCUGCCCUGGCUUUUCUUGAGGCCUUUUCUGCCAGUGUUCUGGAGCCUCGAGAACAUGCAUUGCUCACCCUGUUGCUGGUAUAUGGACCCCGGGAAGGCCGCGGGGGCCCCGACCCUUUUCUUGGGGUGAAGGCUGCAGCAGCUGAGUUAGAACGACGGUACCCUGGGGCGAGGCUGGCCUGGCUUGCUGUGCGAGCAGAGGCCCCUUCCCAGGUGCGGCUCAUGGAUGUCAUCUCCAAAAAACACCCCGUGGACACAUUGUUUUUCCUUACCACCGUGUGGACAAGACCUGGGUCGGAAGUCCUCAACCGCUGCCGUAUGAAUGCCAUCUCUGGCUGGCAGGCCUUCUUUCCAGUCCACUUUCAAGAGUUCAACCCUGUUCUGUCACCACAGAGAUCCCCCCAAGGGGGCCCUGGGGCUGGCCCCGAUCCCCCAUCCCCUGGUGUGGACCCUUCUCGGGGGGCUCCAGUCGGGGGCAGAUUUGACCGACAGGCAUCGGCAGAGGGCUGCUUCUACAAUGCUGACUACCUGGCCGCCCGUGCCCGGCUGGCUGGCGAACUGGCAGGCCAGGAAGAGGAGGAAGCCCUGGAGGGGCUGGAGGUGAUGGAUGUUUUCCUCCGGUUCUCAGGGCUCCACCUCUUUCGAGCCGUAGAGCCAGGGCUGGUGCAGAAGUUCUCCCUGCGGGACUGUAGCCCCCGGCUCAGUGAGGAACUGUACCACCGCUGUCGCCUCAGCAAUCUGGAGGGGCUGGGAGGCCGGACCCAGCUGGCCAUGGCUCUGUUUGAACAGGAGCAGGCCAACAGCACUUAGCUUCCCUACCGGUGUCUGCCACAGCCCCAGGAAGGGCAAGGCAAGGUGAUGGACAGAUGGAGGGCUUGUCACUGUAUUUUUUUAAAAAUAAGAAAACGUUAUUAAAAGUAUCUUCUGCCAAA